UAGCUGUCGCCUCUCUCUCCCUCCCUCUCCUCUUCAGUGCCUCUAUGUGCUGACAGAAGAGAGGGUAACAGAAACAGAAUCUACAUUAUUUCUCCUGUAAACAUUCUGAAUUGAUGACGUUUGGUUCUCUGUUCCUGACUGCCCAGUACAUUUGGAUUCACAGGUAGCUAUCGUCAAUUUCUUCCUAUUUUCUUCAAAGCUAAAAGAUAGAAAUGGACAAACUGCUAGAUGUUGGAGCACAGACUUCCUUCCUUUAACAUCUCUUAGCCUUGGGAUAUUUGUGUGGCAUCAUUUACUCAGAACCUUCUAAACAAAGUCCUAGUGAUCUGAGGAAAUGGAUACUUCACCUUCCAAACAAUAUCCAGUGAAAAAACGAGUGAAAAUACAUCCUAAUACAGUGACAGUGAAAUACACUUCCCAUUAUCCACAACCUGGAGAAGAAGAUUAUGAAGGAACUAGUGAAGACAAUGAUAGUUUUGUAGAAGAUAAUCCAAAGAGGAGGCUGCUGAGUGAUGGGCGAUCGAAAGGAAGGUCCUUCUUUGGAACAAUAGACAUUCCUUCUCAGGCCACACAAAAGCCAGAAGCCACCAAGAGUGAGCCAGGCCAAGGUUUCAUAGAAGGAAGCAUUUUUCAGUCCAGAAAGACUUGGGCAGUGCUUUUUGGAUCUGCUUUGGCCCAUGGUUGUGUAGCUCUGAUAACUAGACUGGCUUCUGACCGUUCCAAAGUGCCAUCUCUAGAACUGAUCUUCAUUCGGUCUGUCUUACAAGUGUUUUCUGUAUUAGUUGUGUGCUAUUACCAAGAGGACCCUUUUGGACCAAAAGGCCACAGAUUGCGACUGUUCUUCUAUGGAGUGUGCAAUGUUAUUUCUAUUACCUGUGCUUACACGUCCUUCUCAAUAGUGCCCCCAAGCAAUGGGACUACUAUGUGGAGAGCUACCACCACAGUCUUCAGUGCCAUUCUGGCCUUUUUACUAGUAGAUGAGCGAAUGGCUUGUGUCGAUGUAAUUACUGUGCUGAGUAGUGUUUUUGGUGUUUGUCUGGUCAUGAUCCCCAACAUUGUCGAUGAAGAAAGUUCUCUUCUGAAUAUCUGGAAGGAGGCUUUUGGUUACACGAUGACAGUGAUGGCAGGCUUAACAACAGCUCUCUCCAUGAUAGUAUACAGGUCAAUCAAGGAUAAUGUCAGCAUGUGGACAGCGCUGUUUACAUUCGGUUGGACUGGAACACUGUGGGGAGCUUCUACCAUGUUUUUUCUACAGGAGCCAAUUAUUCCACUGAAUGGAGAAAGCUGGAGCUAUCUCAUGGGCAUUUGUCUAUGUUCCACAGUGGCUUUUCUGGGUGUCUAUUAUGCCUUGAGUAAAUUUCAUCCAGCCUUGGUCAGCACAGUACAGCAUCUUGAGAUCGUGAUAGCCAUGGUCCUUCAACUUCUUGUGUUACGCAUCUUCCCCAGUAUCUAUGAUAUGAUUGGAGGAGCUAUUAUAAUAAUCAGUGUAUUUUUUCUUGCAUGUUAUAAACUGUCUUGGAAGAAAUUAAAAAGGCAAGAUUAUCAAGAGAUACUGAAUUCCUCCAUUAAGUGAAUAGCACGUUGUUUUCUGAUCACAGCAGUGUACAAUUAUUAUGCAUUUAUGUAUGUAUUUUUGUAUAGUGUUAUUGACAGCAUACUACCUUUUUGUGUUUAGAAACAAGAGGCACAUCUGCCAAAGUAUAGCUAAUGGAGACUCUCCAGAAAUGUCUGUCAUAUACAUGGAAAAUGUUAUUUUUAAAUGUGCAAGCUUUGAAAAUUAGAUUUUAUUCUUUGAUAGUAUAUGGAAAUGACAAUGUUUAAUAUAGAUGGCUGUGUUCCAGGAGAAAUCUUAAGUAGAUUCUAAUUGGAAUAGUUUGAGGUUUAAUAUAUCCUAGACCGGACAACUGCCUCUGUGUAAAGUAGCCUUUUGCAGGGUUCAAGACAAGGGCCAUGGAAGGAAAUAACAGUCAAACUGAGGCCAUUAUAGUACAAUCCUAAACAGAGUUAUACCUUUCUAGUUGUGACUCUGCUUAGGAUUGUGCUGUUCAUUUUUCACAACAAAGAUCUAGGCCUAAUACAGAAGUUUUUGUAAAGUGCCAUGUUUGGCAUUUUAAAUGC